AAGUCCUGCUGUAUUGUACCUGCUAAGUUGGAAAAACGACAAAGCAGGAGUCGACUAAAGACCAUCACAGCGGACCAGACGGCCCCCUAACAGCCCUCAUCCAGGACUGCAGCAGGACUUCAAACAUUUGUUCAGGAUGAACAGAAGUCCACAGGGGGAAAUUGAGGAAAUUGAAGAAGAAUAUAACUAUGUUGAUGCACCAGCCUGGACUGUGGAUAAAGUGGCAGCCCCUCCAGACCAGAGGUCUCUCUUCUUCACUCAGUCUUUUCCACCGAUAGCAGUGUGUUGGCUGAUACUGUUAGUCAUCAUGGGCCUUCGUAUCCACUUUACUUCUGUCAAUUCUGAAAGCAACGCCAAGCUGACUGCAGUAAACCAGCAGCUGGAGACACUGACGCAGCAUCUGAACUUGACUUUAUUGGCUGCACAUGGAAACUUGGGGAGGUACUGCAACAAUCUGACUGUCCAGUUUGAUCUCCUGACACAAAACUAUACUGUCUUAGAAAGCAAGAUCAAAGACCUGACUGCAGUGAACCAGCAGCUGGUGACACAGAGGAACAACUUAACAGAACAAAUACAAAACAUGGAGACAAACUGGAAUAAACUCAACGUCAGUCGAGCUCAGUGGAGCAUUGAUGCCUACUGCCCCAAAACAAAUAACGUGCAACUGUGUAGAGCCUGUCAGGAGGGCUGGAGACUCAACCAGACCAGCUGCUAUGUGGUUCAUGACGCUGUUUCUACUUCUGGUCAUAACACCUGGGAAGAAGCUCGAGAAGUAUGCAGAAGAGAAAGUUCAGAUUUCGUCACUGUACAUAAUCAAGAGGAACAGUAUGCACUCAAUUAUUACAGCUGGUACAGUACAUUAACCAUUGGAUACUGGAUUGGCCUGAGAGCUGAAGGUGGGAGAUGGAAGUGGAUUGAUGGAAGUAAUCUGACUGUAAGCUACUGGACACAACAACCACAUCCUUUUCCCGGUCAGUGUGUAAUGUCUGUCCAGAACGUAGGAUGGAGAUCAGUGAGCUGUAAUAAAAGAAAAAGAUGGAUCUGCAAAAAGAAAGCUUUAUCUGUUUAAACACUGCAGUCAUACUUGAGAAGGUUACUGGAUACUCUGCAUGAAAAUAUUAACUGGCUUAUAAAUAUCAAACUAUGACUUCUACUUCACAAUUUUCAAAACUGUUUGUGUGUGUGUCUAAAAAAAACAUGUAUCAGAUUAAAUGUAUAGCUGCAAUUAGGUAUUGGAUUUUAUACCAUGGUCUGGAUAAAUACUCAAUUCUGAUUGGAUGCAGGGUGUCCAUUAAAAAGUGAUAUAGGACACAUACUAACAAGUUCUGGUGAAACUGUUUAGCAUUUUAAAGUAAUGCGCUACUUUAAAAUAAAAAUAGAAUGUAAAUCCGCAACACUGUGUAGUCCUCUGAACAUUACAGGAUGGCGCCUACGACUCAAGCUGCAAGAAGUAAGAUACACCCUGCGCUGCCUCUCUGAACUGACUCUGUUUCACAGCGAUCACCUCUCAAAACUUUCGCUUUUCAGAUCGUUACUUCAGGCUGCGGCCAACAGUUCACAUGGCGGAUCAUUUAUUUGUGAAAGUCUUGAUGUUGAUUUGGGGACAAUGACAUGGCUGCAUAGCUAGCUUGUCUUGUUAAACAUGCUGUAAAAUUAUAUUCACUGAUUAUCAGCCAUACACAAUGUUACUAACUUUUAACCUUGA